AUGCCACAGUAUCCAAGGAACGAAAACAAAUCUGUGCACCACAGCUGUAAGGCCACACACUCCCCUAGAUUCCCUGGCCAUGCCGUCAAUUACAGACAGAUGUUCAAUGCUCUCUGCCUCUUUCAUCUUAUUCCCACUCCCAUUACUGGGUGUUGUGCUCGGGCUCUUGUGAUCUGUGCGUUAGACUUUUCACUACGCCCGAGUGGAAGACACGUAACGGGAAGUUUUGAGUCCAGUUUCAGGGUUUUACGGGAAGAGGAUGCAGAUGUUCUGAGGAUCCGCAGCGGUUCCUUGAGUCCAGAACCGGAGAACAAAGAGAAAUGGCACAAGAUGUCUUAUGAGACUGAGAAAACUUGCCUGCUGGCUCCACAGGAAUCACGAACACCAUGUGGUUGUCACAAAUAUGAAAUCCCAGGAAUGGGAGAGGACAGUGUUUUAGAAAUGCUGAGCUACUCCAAAUUCUCUGAUCUGGAGACAUGGCUGUGUAUGCCCUCUACUUUGUUACCCAGGAGCCGGGAUUCAGUUUGCUCCUUGCCGUCACCGUCCUGUGAGAAUGGCACUGGAGACACAGACAAAGAGUCCAGGCCCCUGGAGAACGAGUCUAUCCAUCUGAGCCAGUGCCAGGAGAGGGAAACCCAUCUAUUGCCAGUUUCAGCCUCCCCUCAGUCCUCAUCACCCCUGCGGACCACCUCAACUCCUCUGCCCAAGCCCACCAGAGACUCCUGUCAAGGUGGCGUGAGUGUGAGGAAACGGCGGCGCCUGGCAGCCAGCCCCGGAGGACUGCACUGGGACACAUCAGGGUCAGUGCUGCGUGACCAUGACCGAGGGGAGACAUCGUCACUGUCGGAAGUGAAGCGCUUUCCUCGGAGUGUGGAUUCAGAGAGCCGUGUCCCAGAGCCUUGGAGGGAUAGAGUGCCUCUUAGGAAGACCAUAUCCAUCGAUGACCGCCUUCUCCAGCAAACACCUAGAGAACAUCACAGACUCCUCAGCCGAAUAGAGAGGGGCAAGAAUAAACUCAGGAACAUUAAUAGUCUUGGAGCCACUGGCAGAUACGAAACCCAUAAAAAAUCUGAGAGUAGGAUCUCCCGACUGGCUCAGAGACUCAACCAGAGGCAGAGCGAUGCUGCGCUGAUUAAGGAUUUCAGACCCCUCUUCCUUCUUUCUGGCACUGCGGGAAGCUCUCAGAGCUUGGACAGGAACUUCUCCAUUAGUAUGACCCAACAAAUGCAGAACCUGCAGCUGACGCAGAAUAAGAAGGGGGCGGGUCCCGCCUCCCCCAGUGCUGCCAAGCGCCUCUACCGAAACCUCUCUGAGAAGCUCAAGGGGAGCCACUCCUCCUUUGAGGAUGCCUACUUUUUUGGUCGAUCUGACCGUAUCCACAAAGUAUCUAACAUUCAGAGCAGUGAGGCUCUGUUCGAGGCUGUUGAACAGCAGGACCUGGAUGCCGUACAGAUCCUGCUGUUUCAGUACACAACUGAUGAACUGGACCUCAACACCCCCAACAGUGAAGGCCUGACACCUCUGGACAUCUCCACCAUGACCAACAACGUCCCCAUAGCCAAACUGCUACUCAAAGCUGGAGGGAAGGAGAGCCCUCACUUUGUCAGUUUGGAGAGCAGAGAUGCCCAUCUCUCAGCGCUGGUGCAGGAAGCCCAAAGGAGAGCCAGCGAGCUGUCCACCCAGGUGAUGAGAGAAAGUCUCAGCCUGGAAACAUCUGACAAGGAAAAACAGCUCAAAGCUUGGGAGUGGAGAUGCAAACUCUACAAGCGCAUGCGCACGGGAUUUGAGCAUGCACGACCUCCGGAGGCUCCGUUGAUAGUGUGUCUGAGUGUGACCGGCAGCACGUCUCUCACUGUUAGCUUUCAGGAACCUGCCAGCAUGAACUCGGCCGUAGUGACUAAAUACAAAGUGGAAUGGAGCUGUCUGAAGGACUUCUCUUUAUUAGCCGGAGAGCUGAUCCUUCAGAAUCUGCAGUCCCUGAAAUACACAAUAACAGGUCUUACCACGGGUAGACAAUACUACGUUCAAGUGUCCGCCUACAAUAUGAAAGGCUGGGGUCCGGCACAACUCUCUCAGCCUCCCUCUGCUGUUCCCUCCAACUGGAAGGACUGCGAUGGGAGAGAGAGCAAGAGGAGAGGUCACAUUGAGGCUAUGGAGAGGCUGUUACAGCAGGUUCGAGCCACACACCAGCACUACUGCUGUGGAGACACAUCAAAGUUGCAGAAUCCAAGUCGUAAACAGUCAGUGUCCCGGAGCCUGAAACACCUUUUUCACUCAUCUACUAAAUUUGUCAAGAGUCUCAAAAGGGGAGUUUAUAUAGCAUCUGUAUUUUACCAUAAGGACAGUCUGCUAGUGACUAAUGAGGAUCAGAUCCCCAUAGUGGAGGUGGACGACUCAUACAGCAGCUCCCUCAUGCAGGACUUUCUGUGGUUCACCAAGCUGUCCUGUAUGUGGGAAGACAUCCGGUGGCUGAGACAGAGCCUGGCAGUCUCCACCUCUUCCUCUUCCACUCUGCAGUCCAGACAGAAGAUGCUGGCAGCCGCGGGCCAACUGCAGAAUCUUCUGGGCACUCACAAUUUGGGCCGAGUCCAUUAUGAGCCUAUUAAAGACCGUCAUGGGAAUGUCCUGCUUGUGACAGUGAGGGAGAUGGAUAGCCUUUAUUCCUUUUUCAAUGGGAAGUGGAUGCAGGUAUCCAAACUGCAGAGUCAGAGGAAGUCUCUUUCCACUCCUGAGGAACCAUAUGCCCUGGACAUCCUCCUCAUAACCAUACAGGACAUUCUGGCCUAUCAGCGACGAAGUCAGCAUCGGCUGUCCUCUGGACUUUAUCUGGGUUACCUGAAGCUCAGCAGCUCUGUGGAUCAGAUCAAAGUUCUGGUUCCUCAACGUAUGCCCAACAUGCUCUGCCACACCAAGAUACGAGACAACUGGAAUGUGUCAAGGAAUGAGUGGGAAUGGCUGCAGUCACUGUCUGGCCCUGUGGAGGUGGAAAGAGCAGAUCAGGCUACAGACUGCCUCCUCUUCUCUGAGCUCCAGACGACCAUUAAGAGUCUGCUGCACCAGAUCAAUCUACCUCUCCACCAGGCCAAGCACUUCCGUCUUUACACACACGAGGUGCUGGAGCUGGGUCACAAUGUGUCCUUUCUUCUGCUGCUGCCCGCCUCAGACGACGUUUGCUCUGCCCCGGGACAGACCAACCCCUACACACCACACUCGGGGUUCCUCAACCUCCCUCUUCAAAUGUUUGAGCUCGGUACACUGGCUUCUGUUUCAACCCCUACAAUAUUAGCUCAGUUGGCCUUAUUAAAAUCCACAGAUUCCUCCCCCCUCUGCCCCCAGUCACACUCCCUUAGGACCUCUAGUAAAUCAACUCAGCAGACUUUCUUACAAUUCGACUUGAAAGAGAGGCGUGUGUUAAGUGUGCCGCAAUCGGACGAGAUGUGGCGAGACGUCCGCUGGAUCACCAAUGCCCUGCAGCACGCCCGCUAUAAGCAGCCUCUCGGUUGGGUGCCUAUCACCUGGUUAGUAGAUGUCAGCGUGGAGCCUCCUGUCCAGAAAAAUGACUCCAUGUCCUCUAACACAGACUACGUGCCCACUCCCUCGCCCUCUCCAGAAAUGAGGAGACGAAAGUCCACAAUCGAUUCCCAACCGGGUUCAGAUGAAGAGGGCUGUUCUGAGGUCUUUCUCCCCACAGACAGUGACUACGACUCCAGUGACGCUUUGAGCCCUCGUGACCUGGACUUAGUUUACUCCUCAGCCCAGGAUCUCUCCCAUCAGGCUGUGCACGUCCUCAGCGGCAGCGCUCCUGAUGUUCUUCAGAUGCACGAUCUCAAAUAUAGCGCUUGCUCCAAGUCCAUCCUGGAAACCGAAGCAUGCACCAAGGACAUGGAGGACCUAUCGCUGUCCUCUUAUUCUGUGAAGACCACAGACAAGCCAUCCCGCUGCAAGUUCCUGGCCGAUCCACCAACGAAACGUAAGCUGCUGUCCAAAAGCCAUCCCCAGAGGAGUUAUAUUGGCGGGCCGCACCGCUGGCUGCGUGUACAGAGCGAGAGUCCCACUCCUUCACUAUCCGAAGGCAUCUACACCAGACAGAGCGAUAUCGACUUGCCGCUGGAGUCGCCACUCUCCCUACCGCACUCUCCCACUACCUCCUACAGUUUGGAUGAGUACAGGGCGCCCUACAGGGAGUCUAAGCCCAAUGUUCGCAGGAUCUUUGUGGAGUCAUGCAGCAAGACUUCACCCUGCAGAGAUGUCCCACAUUGGGAGGAGGAGGAGACGGGAUCGAGAGGAGCUACAGCCAGAGAGGCCGGAUCGGGAUACAGCACUACAGCAGAAGCUCAGGAUAUGGAUUCGGAUGAGCAAACGAAUGAACAAGUGUCGGAGAUCCUCAGCAGCACUCUCUAGGAUGAUAUAAGCAUUCCAUUAUGUAGACAUGGGGUUUUAUCAGUACUAAAAUUGAUUCUAAGCUCCAAAACGCCCCUUUCCUCUCCAACUGCACACUUUACUACAGCUCACAGUUGUAAUGAGUGAACACUUAGCCUAAUCAAUUCUUGCAUCCUCUCUGCAGAGGAUGAAGUUGCUGGUCAACUCUGCGGGACUCAUAAAUCAUGGCUCUGACUGUUACAAUGUUGAUUAUCAAUGCAACGUGAAACAAAGCACUGCUUUUCCUCAGAACUUGAAAUCGCCUCAGCCAAUAGAGCCCAACAGUGAGCGCCCACUUUUUCAGCUGCCUUUGUUCUGAAUGUAUUUUUCCCAUUAAUUAUCACCAUAGGGGAUGAAAAACUUCUUCAGACUAAAAGACUUUGAAGUCAACA